AAGAAUUCUCAUCUCAGCGGCACACAGCCGCAAACGCGUAGCCCGUACGAGCCGUACCACUGUCACCUCGAAUCAGUGUGGAUUCGGAUUCGUUCACGAGACACACGGGCAUUAAAGGUACAGCGCCGUGCUGAGUUCGAUCGACGCGACGCGUUUUUGUUUUUUCCACCGGAGCCACCAUUGUCUAUCGUGUGUUGUGCGUUAAAGUUAAGCUUCCGUCUUUUCGAUUCCGGGUGCCGGUCAGUUGUGGCUCCACGAUGUCGAAAAAGUUGACCAAAUUUCAAAUCAUUCUCGACCGUGGCGCCUUGCUGUAUCUGCCGGGCCAGGUGCUGUCCGGACGUGUGCUGCUCGAAACGCAGGCCGACACAGCCGUCCUCGGGCUGCACUUCCAUGUGCUGGGCGAGUGUACCGUGCACGUGCCGAAGGGACGCCGUGAUAAGUCGUACGACAAGGAAAACUACAUCGAUUUCCGCAUGAAGCUGCUGGACGAUUUCGACAACAAGCCGAUCCUGCUAUCGCCCGGCAUACACUGCUUUCCUUUCAAGCUGGGACUGCCCGUAUCGCUGCCGUCCACCUUUCUCGGUCGGCACGGUUGGGUGCAGUACUAUUGCAAGACGAGCCUGCAGGAAACGUCCGGCAUUACGCACAAGAAUCAGCAGGUGUUUAUCGUGCUGAAUCCCAUCGAUUUAAAUCUGGAAGUGCCGAUCAUGAGCAGUCCGCUCGAAGCAAACGUCGAGCAUCGUGUGGGUGUCGGAUACAUUGGUGGUACGGUGCGCUGCAACGUGGGACUGGACAAGCGGGCGUACGUACCGGGCGAGAGCAUUCUGCUCACCGGCGAGGUUCACAACCGUACGAAUGUGACCGUGAAGCUGCUCAAGUAUGCGCUCAUCGAGACGGUGAAAUACUUUGUGCACGGAAAGCUCGUCCAUCAGGAACGGCGUGAGCUGGAUGCGGUCGUGCGCGAUAAAAUAAAGUCCGGCGGACGAGAUGUGAUGCAGAAUGGUCAUCUGACGGUGCCACCGCUGCCACCCACCAAUCUGCUCGGAUGCCAUCUGAUCAAGGUGCAGUACAGCGUUUGUGUGCUGAUUGAGCCGAACCUGAUGGAGCGCCAGGAAGCCAUCCGGAUUCCGAUCACGCUCGGCACCUACCCGUUCCGGCGUGACGACGAGAACCUGCAGGAGUGGGUUGACAACUACGUGCAGUACCCUGCUGCGCUGCCCGUCUCACGUGGCACACCGUUUGAAGUGCUGCACUAACAAGCCCGCAGCCGCCUCUGCCGGAGGAUGUGAGCAUGUCACUCGAGAUUAACACAGCGAGAUCGAUGUGCAGAUACCCCCGUGUUCGGAAGAUGCACGGCCAACGUACGAUGGCGGUUAACAUCAGCACGUCGACAGCACACAUCGUGACUCGUGAACCCGAUUGCAGGUUUUUGCGUAAUAAAUCUAAUAAUAAAUUUAAAUUAAAACACGAAAAA